GUGAUGGUUGCAGGAAGAGGAGCAGUCAGGAAAGGCAGACAUCGGCGGCAGGGUCUAACUUGAAACUUGAAAUAGUUUCAUAGUUUUGUUCGAGAUGGAAGGGAUGGAGUUCAACCCAGGGAUGAUCAUGCUUGGAGGAUAUGCGGCGGCGCAUAUGGCUCAUGGACUCCAUGAUUUCUUUGAUUUUCCAGGCUCCCUGAUCCAAGGGUUAUUUGGCCCCAAGACAUAUCGUGGUGCGGUGGAGAUGUCACGACCGUACGUUGAUGCGAACCUUGCAGCGAUCAGGGCGGCGAAUCCAUCCAAGGAGAAGACUAGCUGGAGGCAGUCUGCUAAGAGUCCUAAGAGGGGUGCACAACAAGCCAAGGAUGAAGUCAUUCCGGACAUCGCACCAUAAGUUAUUUUUUAGCAACAUCCCCCCAAGUUCCGAACAUUCCACGCUAACUUAUUUUUAGCAACAUCACGUCAAGAUUGAAUAAACAACAGCAGACGGACACAGACGUAGAUUUUCCUGCUAUGGUGUCAAAGUGCGAUGGAAAUGUUCCAACCACGGUGGAGACCUUGUUUAUUGAUUGUUAUAUGUCGUUGUUAUAUAUUGCUGGUUGCUGCUUGCUGCUUCAGGGAGUGAAUGUGUGUAAACCACCAGUCUACUGAUGCAACAAUUCCACCAUUAUGACAAACAAGUUGGCUUAAACCACCAGUACUUCACCCAUACAUAGGCCGCAGCAAAAAAAUAGAGCCGAGGUGUUUCCUCUUGAAUGAAUUUGGACCGGAACCGCCCGGCCAGUGUGGUGCACCGCUCGUAUACAGCCGCGACUUUCAGAAGUACUGGUGGUUUAACUGAGGAAGAGCAGCCGCACUUCCUGUCUCUGUCAUGACUCAUAUCACUGAUAGGGCACGUUCAAAUGGCCACUUCUCGUGUACUUUUUCCAUGUGUCUUGAGAGACUACUGAUCAUAUCACAAGUGAAUGAUGACAAACAAGUUCAUUCAACUGUGGAAGCAGAGCCCCACUUCCCGUUUGCACAAUGGCUCAUGUCGCAAGUCAACUCGAUCCAAUGGGCAGUUCUCUUGUAGGUUUUCAUUGUUAUUUUAUUCCAUCUCAUUUUAUCUAAAUCAUGAGUAUGAUGGACCCUAUUUUGUUUAAACCACCACUACCUCUGACCCUGUUUUUACCGACCCUGAGUUUCACUGCGCACCGAGUUUUGCCGAGCCAGGGUUCAAUUGUAUUUUCUUUUCUGGUACUCACGGCAGUUACAUCCUAGGCUACCAGAGUGGGCCGGGGUCACUUGCCCGCCCGGGCCAAAAAAAAUUCAAAAAAUAAAAUAUUAAAAAAAUAUAUAUGUGAGGAUCAGGGUCCUCGGUAGGCCUAUGGGGCCCUGUUUACAGCAUUGCCCGCCCUAAGUGAAGGCGGAGGUGCCUGCCCUAAGUGAAGGCGGGCCUGACAUAUCGCAAGAGGCCCUCGACUGUCAAUUUUAUAUUUGGGGUCCAGGCAGUUGCGACGCGCCAGUUGGUUGAGAAAAACUCAGGCCGGGCAACAAAGACAUUUCCACGGCCUUCAGGGCUUGUCCAAAGAAUGCAGGCCCUGGGCGUGAUUCCCAGCCUCAUACAGAGACAGUUGGGCGCCCAACCGAAGGAGGCCCAGCAGCCCAGUAACUGCUGUACACAGGCAGCCUCUUGGGGCCUUCCGGAAUCUUCUGGGCCCAGGCCAGUGCAGCCAGGCUGCGCGAGCAGGCCAGCUCUUUCCAUAAAGGAAAGAGCUCUCCCCUGGCAGCCUCAUUCAGGCACUUGCAUGCUAGCGGCAGCGCUGCUGGAGCAAGAGCUCGCGGCUGCCGGCUGGCGCUGAGAGGCGAGGUGCAGCACAUGUGGUCGUGCAGGGAAGAAGGGCGCUGCUGUGGGCAGUGCCAUAGCACAGCCACCAUAGCUGGUGGGGCUUGGACUACAGUGAGGCGCAGGGGUGGUCUUCUGGUGUAAGAGAGGACAGGUGUGGGUGUAAAGUCAGGGAAGGGUGAAGGAUGAUAAUGAUGAUGAUGUGAGGGCACUUACCUUGUAUUGGCGAUGGUCUGCAUGGGCGACAUCUUCAAGUACUUCGGGUUGCCGCUGAUGCCAACAGUUGCAUUGUCAAUUAGUAGGCUGUAGUAGCUGUGUAGGAGUAGGCUGGGCGCUGAGCGCCAAGCAGGAGAGUGAAGGGACUCGACUCUUGUGUUGGUGUGGAGAGAGUAUGCUCUCCUUGACAUUGGUUUUCAGUACUACGAACCUCCAUUGGUGUAUUAUUGGUGCAAUGCUGCUCUCUGGACAUGGUGUGACUAUCUGGCUUUCAAUGU